CAGUGUGCACAAAGUAGUAUAGAAGCAUUAAUUGAAAUAAGGCAAGUAAUAGCAAAUUCAGUCAGAAGAAUCUACAAAGGAUGAAAGCCAGAGCUGCUGCUACCAAGGCGGAGAUGAGUCAUGUUAAAGAGGAAAAGGCACAAAUGAUUGCUUCAGUGGAAGAUAUGAAGCUCUUGCUUGACCUGAUGAAGGCAUCACUCCACCAACAAUUUGAUGACAUGCUUCUUGUCUCAGAAGUAGUGAACAGUCUCACUCAGAUUUUUAUUCUUCAGCUUUAAUUAACUGAGGAUAGAAAAAGACCAGUUAUUUUCCUUUGAUGUUGUGUCACAAGUCUUACGUUUGGUUUGAUUUUUUGAAUAAAAAUUCUCUUAAUGGAUCCAUGUCAUGUUUGUUGUUUGGUUUCAGGUUUGGUACUUCAACUCUUACUAGAGACUACGAGUCUUUAGGAGUUGGUAAAUUUUUGGGUUUUAGUUUUUAACUGGUCUUUUGGGUCGAAAUGUAAGUUUGGAAUUAUUUUGUUAGUUAAUCUAUGACAAAUUUGCAUUUCUUUUUUUUUUUUUUUAACUUUGUCACUCUUAAUUUUCUUUAAAUUUUAAUCAAAAUUUAUCAUGACC